AUGAUCCAAUUUUUAUUACUUUGCUGUUUAAAAUUGCAAGCAUUUUAACAAUUUAUUCUCCUCUCAAGUUCAUUUGAAUCAAAUACAUUUAUAGAUACUAAUGGUAUAACUAUGAAUUAAUACUUUAAAGAUUGGUAUAUAACAAAUGGAUUAUCAAGUAACAUAUAUUAAGAUUGCGGAACUAAUCGAAUAUUUGGUGGAAUUUCAAACUUUGGUAAGAUGACUCUAAUAUCAAAAUUUUUUAUUCUUCCACCUCAUUCAAAAAUUUAGGUGUAAUUGGAGUUUUGGAAGUACAUCUCUAACUAUUAUAUAAUAGAAUUUCGAAUUGGGCCAAUAAUGAAACAAUUUAUGUUCAUUUAGAUGGAAAUAGAAUAAUUCAAUAAGAAGUAAAUACUCUACCAACAGGAUCUAAUAUUUGUGGAUUAAAUGAUUACGUUUUAUCCAUAGAUGAGACAAUUCUUCAUAAUUUUGAAACUUUAUAAGUAAUAGUUACAGCAAAUAUAGCUUUAUAAGGAUAAAUUUAGGUAGUGUUUAUGCAUAUGUAGGGAUUUUGGGGAAUUAAGAAUUUCAGACUUUUCAUUAAAUAAUGUCCAGCUGGAUGUUCAAUAUGUUAGGAUACUGAUUCAAGAUUUGAUUGUCUUAAAUGGACAUUAUAUGUAUCUUCAUUGACUGAAACUGUGUUAGAACUUUUUAAUUUUGAUGGAUGGAAUGUUGAAAAUGGACAGUAAUAUUAAUUAUCAAAUUGUUAAAGUAAAUGAAUAUAUAUUAUCAAAAUUAGUGCUUCCUAUGCUUUGUGGACCAAGUAUUUGUGGAAAUAAUAGCAUUAUUAGGUAUGAGUAAAGACUUCCACCUCAUUUUAAAUUAAAAAUAAGAUUUAGAUUUUAUUAUAUUGAUAGUUGGGAUUCUGAAUAUGCUUACUUUUAUGUUGAUGAUGAAAUUAAAUUAGAUAAAUAAUUCUAAUUUUUAGGAAGUUUAAGAAAUUAUAGUCUUUGUGGACUAAGCAGAUUUAAUGAUCUUUCUGAUACUUAAGACAUUGAAAUUGAUCAUACAUAAUAAUUAACUAAAUUCGAAUUAAAAAAUAGUUUAGAUUAGAUUCUUGAAGAUGAAUCCUUUGGAAUUAGAGACUUUAGGGUGUAUAUAUGUAUUAUAAUUAAUAACUAUUUAGAUUGUUAAUUUGGAGAUUCACCUAGUUAAUAAUGUUCUUAGUUUUGUGGAGAUUAGAUAGUUUAACAAACUGAAGAAUGUGAUGAUGGAAACUCAAUUCCUUUUGAUGGUUGUCAUAAUUGCUAAUAUGAAUGUGUAAAUGGAUGUUCAAAUUGUGUUAAGGGAAUAUGUUUAAAUUGUUAUGAAGAAUGGGAAUAUAAGAUUACAACAAAGAACUGUCAAUGGAUAUCUUUAGAAUAAUAAUAAAAUGUGAUGUAAUCAUGUAUUGAUAAUCCAAAUUGUAUGAAUUAAAUGGAAGUCUGGCAUCAAGAAUGCUCUUUAAAUUGCAUCUUAUGUUAUUAAGCUAUAUGUUUAGAAUGUUAAAUAGGUUAUCAUUUAUUGGCUGGAGAGUGUUAAGAAAUUUGUGGAAUAUCAGCUAUUUCUAUGUUUUAAUAUCCUAAUUGCUUUUGUGAUUAAAAUUGUUUAUUAUGUAAUUUAGGCAUGUGCAAAUAAUGCAUAGAUACUUAUACAUUAGUAGAUGAUAAAUGUUUAGUAAUAUGUGGUGAUGGUUUAACUACAAUUGGAGUAGAAGAAUGUGAUGACAAAAAUGACAUCCCUUAUGAUGGAUGUUAUUAAUGUUUUUAUUAAUGUUAAGAAUCUUGUAAUAAAUGUGAAAAAGGAAUUUGUAUAGAACCUUGUAUAAAUAAUAUGGAAAUGAUUAAUGAUCAAUGUUAAUCAUUUUGUGGUAAUUUUAUAGUUGAAUAAAAUGAAUAAUGCGAUGACAAUAAUAAUAUACAAUAUGAUGGUUGUUAUUAAUGUUAAUUUUCUUGUCCUUUGUAUUGUUCUAUUUGUGAAGAAGGAAUGUGUUAAGAAUGUAAUUUAAACUAUUACUAUGAUAAUUUAACAUUUUCUUGUUAUUCAAAAUGUGGUGAUGGCAUAUUAACAUCUGAAACAGAAUAAUGUGAUGAUAAUAAUACUAAUUCAGGUGAUGGAUGUUCAAGUAUUUGUAUGAUUGAAUAUGAUUGGAUAUGUAUUUAAAAUGAUGAAUGCAUCUAUUCUAAGUAUCCAGAAUUAUUAAUAAAUUAUUUGUUCUAAAAAAACUAAUAUUAAUAUGUCCAAAUUGAAUUCACAUAAUAACUCAAAAGAAUAUCUGAUACUCAAAUUGAUUAUUCAAACUUUAUUUCAGCUACAAUCCUAUAAUUAGAUUAAACCAAAUAUAAUAUUUCAAUCAUUCCUGUAUCCAAUGCAUCUACUACUCUUUCUUGGGUCAUCUAUGCAAUUGAAAUAUAUAUCGAUUAAGAAUUAAGUGAUCCCCCAUAUAUCAACAUUUCAUUAUUAGAACCCUUAUAUAAUUAAUAUGGCAUUCAAUUGAAAAAUCUUAUGACUAUUAAAUAAUUAAAAAUACCAAAUUAUUUAAGCAAAGAACAUAUUGAAAUUUCACAAAAUUUAUUAACCUACAGUGAAAAAACUAUUUAUUCCUUGGGAGCACUUGCUGGAUUUUUGUUAAUUAGUGGGAAUGGAUUGGCUUUUUGGGUUGCUUUGGAAAUACUCUAAGAAUAAUCUUAUUUCAAAUAUCUUAAUAUCAUAUAUCCACAAAAUUUAAUGAUAUAUUUUGAAUCUUCAGGUAUCAUAUCCUUAAGACCAUUUUACAAUUCCUUUAAUUAUUAAGAAUUGCCAUCUCUAUAUUAGUUUCGAUAUUUCGAAUCAAAAGAAAAAUUUGAAUUUUAUCAAGUCAAUGCUAACAUAGCCGAUAAUAUUAGAAGUUUAGCUUUCAGCUUUAUUAUCCUGGUAUUCUUAUAUCUCUUAUCAGACUAAGCUGAAAAAUGCUUAACUAUUCUACAAAACAAAAGAUAUUGUGAUAAUAAUGGGUUUCUUUCAAAAUUAUACAACAAUCUUAAAUUUAGAGCAUUCAAAAAUAAGUAUUCUCUUAGAAAAUAUGGAAUCAACAAACUAUUUAUUGUGAAUUGUUGGGAUAUAUUUUUUAUGGUAUUUUUAUAAUUGAGUGUUAAAUAAUUUUAUCAAUUAAUGUUCAAUUAACUUAUUGCAAUAACCACUUUAUUCUUAAGCCUCUUAUAUAUAACUACAUAUUUUACAGGAAAAACUCAAUUUUAGAAUUUUCAAUAAUAUUGGAAAGAUAAACUUUAGCUAUUUCUUACUUUAAAAAAACUGUUCGUAAUGUAUUCUUUAGUGAUCUUUUAAAGUAAUUAUGUGUUACAGUUUAUUUUAAUUUGUUUAGUUAACUCACUUUAUUUACUAUCUUGGAUCUACUUAAAAAAUUAAAUUAAUACUUAUGAAUAUUAUCAAACUUUAAUUUUAUAAGCUACUCUAUUAAUUUUCUUACUUACUACACCAAUUUACUGGGAUUUAGAUAUAUGCAACUUUUCAUAUAACACUAAAUUAAUUUUUGGAUGGUUUCAUAUAAUAAUCUUUUUAUUUGUAAUUGUGCUUUUCCUAAUAGUAGAUACUAUACUGAGUUUGAAGCAAAUAUUAAAUUUUAUAAACAAAUCAUUGUAAACAUAAUGUAUUGAAGAUAAAGAAAAAAUCGAUAAAUAAAAUUCUUAAUUGUAAAAUAGACCAAUCAAAUUUAUAGUUUGUUUAUUAAUUUGA